GAGAAUUACACUAAUGAUCAAUAGCAAUAAUAAGGUUACUAUGAGCACAAUUUGAUUCUGCAUUUUAAAACGCAUCAGGACUAAAAAAAAACAUUCUGCUGUCUGAACCUCGUUAUAUCCUUAGCAUGCUCUUAAAAUUUGGUGUAAUCUCAGGCUGGACGUUCUUAUAAAAAAAGAGUGUAAAGAGUGACUUAUGCACGCAGUAUUUUCUACAGGCUUUUUUUCGAUUGUUUGCUAGGUCUAUCUAUUUGUUACUAGUUUCGUUAUUUCCCUUUUUUUAAUGAGUUACCUCCGUGUGUUCAAAAGAAACUUAUCAGUGAGAAAACUUUCACAGAUUUGUGUCUUUGCGACCGUUAACUAAAACACAUACGCCUUUUAUCGGUAUUAAUUACUUUUUGUUUGUAAAUGUUCCGUUUCAAUGCAGAAAAGCCCUUCACAAGCAAAAGUGCACUCGACUAAAAUAGAACUUGUUGAUCCUCGCUUUUGAUUGGCUACAUCUGGGAAGCCAUUCAACUGCAUAGCAACCCCUUCACGACGGAUUGUAAGCGAGGCCCUAGCAACACCAUCAAAAUAGUGACCCUUCGGGCUUGAAGAAAAUGGCUGAACUGCAAUAUUGAGCACACAAUAUCGACUCCACAAAUUAUUUCAGUUAUUGAUAAGUUACCUUAGGGUAGAAAAGAUGGCAAAGGUUAUGUUAUCUCCAACUGUGCAGAAUUUCUCGGAUCUACGACCAUCUUCAAGAGGUGUAGCGUUUACACCUCGUCCUAAUUCCCGACUUUCCUCCGGUCGACCGAAGUCGGGACUGAACUCGCGGCCUGAGAAAAACGUAUUUGAGACUCCACGUACCGAAAGAUCACAGACAUCAGUGGAAAUCCCUCUACCGCAUAGCGGGAGAAGAUCGUUUUCUGUGAUUUCUUUUUCUAGUAAUGGUUCUUCUAGAUCGGCCGACCCUAAAUUAAGUGCUAUAGAAGUUGAAUCUUUUCUCAGGGAGAAAAUCAGAGUUAACUUUGCAGAGAUGAGACAGGCAUUCCAAACCCUGGAUGCAGAGAAAAACCUGUCUGUCACCAUGUCUGAGUUCAGGAGAGUUCUUGAAUCCUUCUGUUUUCCCAUGACGCAGGAACAGUUUGUGCAUAUUAUGAAAAAGGCUAAACUAAACAGAGAUGGAUCAGUGAACUAUCUAGAAUUUCUGGAAAAGCUACACCAGCGAGGAGGAACACCCGAUGGCCUCAAAUGGCUUGGAAGCCUACACAAAUUCAACCAGACAAAAUCUCCAAAAGAACAAUCCUUUGCUGAUAUUGAACAACAACUGAGAACAAAGAUUGCCGGCCAGCUCCAAGCUGUAUUGAAAGCAAUUCGUUUGUUUGAUUACAAUCGAGAUGGACAGAUCCAGAGACAUGAGUUAAGGAGAGUUGUGGAGAACUUCUGUUUUAGGCUCACCGAUGAGCAGUUUGACCGGCUCUGGUGCAAGUAUGAUUUGACACGUAACGGACACACCCUAGACUACAUGGACUUUCUCAAGCGACUAGGUGUGAACACCCACUCCAAGCACCGCCCAAGCACGGCCAACAGAGGAAAUCAAGGUAACGGCACCGAAAACAAAGUCAAGUUCCUCGCCACCAACAAAAGGCCGCUGAGCGGAAGCAGUAGUCGGGAUGGCUCACCCGCUGUGAUGACCGUGAAGGACCUGGAAAGAAAGCUUCGAGCCAAAAUGGUGGAAAAUUUCGAAAAUAUACAGCGCGCGUUCGUAGCGUUUGAUCGUCGAUGUGAUGGUUUCGUGACGCUGGAUCAACUCAAGCGAAUUCUCACUCAUUUCGUCUUCCCCAUGUCUGACAGCUUGUUUGAGGAUCUCAUGAGAAGGUGUGGUAUCCGGGCAAGUCACAAGAUCGGAUAUGAACAGUUCCUCGAAAAAUUCCAAGAUCCGCGCGUUUCUGGGAAUGGACAAACCAUCCCAAUCAAACCGAACCACAAGUUCAACCCUGUCCGCGAAGCCGAAGACAUGCCGACCACGGAGGAUAUCUGGAAAUUUCUCUUCUCAAAAGUCACCGAUAGCUUUACAUCAGUCAAGCAGGCGUUUCUCGUUUUUGAUGACAAUAAAGACGGUCGUAUCACUCGGCGCGACUUCCGCCGAAUCUUGGAAAGCUUCUGUUUCCGAAUGACUGAGGAACAGUUCCAUGAACUGAUGGCAAAGAUCGACCCCAUGAACAGGGGCUAUAUCUCCUAUCUGGAAUUCCUGGACAGAUUUGAGCACAGGGAAUCUCCGGAAGGUCACCCCUGGCUGGCUGGAGAUAAUUUAAACAAGAGCAUUUCACCUCCAGCUGUACUGGCUUGGUCAACUGUUGAGGAUAUUCUACGCGCCAAGAUCACGGACAACUGGAAGGCGAUAGCAGCAGCCUACAUGAAGGCUGACGACAACCGAGACGGAACCAUAUCACGUGACGAGCUCAGGCGACUACUGGAGAAGUACUGUCUUCCUGUGUCCGACGAACACUUCGAGAUGUUGUGGGGUCAUUGUGAUGUUAACUCGGAUGGUCACGUCGACUUCCAAGAGUUUCUAAACAACUUGGGCGUUGAUAUAGUGAGUGGCGACUUUAACGGCCUUAGCACUCGAAUACACGACGAAAGCGAAGCAAAAGCGAACUUCAUGCGAAGUGAUCAGUUCCACAGGCAAACCGCCGCCUUCGACCGAGCCCAGGAUCUUACGGGGCAGAAGUCAGCGGAUGAAUGCAUGGAAAUUCUAAAGGAACACAUAUCUCAGCGAUCCCCAGAUAUUCGCAAGACUUUUAUCAAGUUUAAUAACGUCAAUGGUGAUGGGAAACUCUCAAGGAAGGAGUUCAGAGAGGUGCUGGAUAGCCUUGGACUUUACAUGACUGACGACCAGUAUCGUAUUCUGAGCGCGCGCCUUGGUUUCCACAAGGGUAAACUCACGUACCGAGACUUCCUAGACAAUUUUCAAGACCGGCGCUCUAUCAUCAACCCUCCUACCCCAGACUACCCCAGCAAGAGGCACAAUCAGCCAGUGCCGCUUGACCAGUCGAUGACAGCCGAGCUCGUGCUUAAACAGCUCAAGAACAAGCUUAGCCAUGGCUUUCUGGAUUUGCGCGGCGCAUUUCAAAAGAUCGACUUCGACAGAAAUGGACUCGUCACUCGCAACGAGUUCCGUCGGAUCCUUGACUCGCUUAUGCUUAACCCGUCAGACGAAGAGUUUGACAAGCUGAUGGAUCUAUUGGACAUGAAGCGCGGCGACAAACUCAACUACCGCGAGUUCUUGAAGCGCUUUGAGCACGUGGAACGCGUAGAAGAGGGACACCCUUGGCUCUACUCCAAUCAUACGUUCAACGAGACACGUGAUCUACAGUACGUGAGCGCGUCUCGCGCGGACCAGAUCAUCAAGAUGAAGGCUCGCGAGCAGAUGGACGACCUGACGCGCGCGUUUCUCGCGUUUGAUCGCGAUGGUAACGGGAUCGUCACCAAGAAGGAGCUGCGUAAGGUUCUCCAUCGAUUCCAGAUUCCCGUCGACAAGGAAGAGUUUACAAAGCUCUGGAACAUGUACGACACAGACAGGAACGGCUAUGUCGACCACCGAGAGUUCGUUACCAGGCUCGGGGCCGAGUUCGUACCCGGGGACACUCAUGGCUUUAGCACACAGAUAACCCACGGCAGUAACAUGGAGAUGAAAAACUUCAACGAGUCGCAAAAGGCGAUUCACGAGAAUGCGACCAUGAACCAGGCAAACGCUGUGUCAUUCCUGUCGGCGCUAGAGGUGGAGCAGCAGCUUAAGGACCGUUUCCGUGAUGGGUACGAGAGCCUGCGCAAGGCUUUUGAGGCUGUAGACGUUAAUAGAGACGGGUUCAUCAACCGAGCCGAGCUUCAAAAAGUCUUGUUUGACUUCCAUUACUUCUUGGACGAGCAGCAGUUCAACAUUUUACUGGAGAGGUGUGGCCUGUCUGGGAGAAGCAAACUCUCGUACGAGCGCUUCCUUAGCGCCUUUCAGGAUAAUCGACAAUCUGGGUAUGGCCGUGUGACCCUGGAUUCGCCGGAAAUACAGAGAAACAGUCCUGUGCAAUUCGAGAGUUAUUCGUCACUUCCGCCCGAGCGCGCCAUUGCUAAACUGAGGUCUAAGUUGAGCAGUAACUACGACAGCGUCAAAAAGGCGUUCAGUGCAUUUGACAGUAGCGGUUCGGGUCUCGUCUCCAAGGAAGACCUGCAUCAGAUCAUCAAUGCGUUCUGUUUCAUCAUGACGGACAAGCAGUUCCAGGUUCUUCUUAAUCAGCUCUGUGUCGAUAGAAACGGAUUGUUAUCGUACGAAGACUUCCUACAAAGCUUUAAUAAGUCAGACAACGAGGCAAGUCAGAAGUGGCUUGAGCGACUUUUGCCCCAGUCUCAGCGCAGACACAGGGCUCCCGAGGGAUACCACCACAGGAGGACCAUGUCGGAGGAUGAAGUGAAGCAGCGGGUAAAGGAAGUCGUCAUGGCCAGAUUCUACAGGCUUGCUAAGGCUUUUACGGAUCAGGACAGCAGCCGGUCAGGUACCGUAAGCCCUCGCGGCCUGAGACGAGUUCUCGACGAGCACGUGUUCCGAAUGAACGAUGACCAGUUUGACCAAAUAUGGCAAUCACUCCCCAAGGUCCCGGAUGGGAGGGUGGAGUACCGUGAGUUCCUCAAGACUUACUCGACGCGUGAUGACGUCAUCAGAAGUCAGUCGGCCACGCCCCCUCGCACCCAGGAAAGAAAGCCUUCCCGUGAAUCUUUGCUGUCGCCGAUGAUGUCCCCGACCAAGCCUUAUUCUCCAGAUAUCCCCACCCCUCUCCCCAGCGCAUCCGACGUUGAACGGAAAAUCAAGAAUACGGUUUGUCGCAAUUGGCAACAACUCCAGAAAUCCUUUAGGAAUCUCGACCCUGAUAAUACCGGGCAUGUCUCCUUUCACCAGCUGAAAGACGUAUUAGUUCAGCAUCAUGUUAUCCUCAACAACAAUGAGCUCUUGUCGCUAUGGAGAAAGCAUGACGUGAACGGGAAAGGGAGAAUCGUGUACAAAGAUUUCUUGAGACACUUUGUACUGGCGAUGAAACCACAGGACGAUAGCAAGCUCAUUCGACCCAAGCUACAACCGACGAAAGUUCCGUCCAGUCCGGGCGUGCGCAGUGACGAGCUGAUUGAUGUCAUGGCAACCAUCCGUGGCAAAGUGCAGGAGGACUGGAAAGAGAUGCGACGCGCCUUUAGGGCGAUCGAUAAAGAUGGUUCAGGGCUGUGUAACCCCCUGGACUUCCGUCAAAUGUUAAAGCGCUUCAAGAUCGAUCUAAACGAAGAAGAAUUUUUCCACGUGUAUUCCUUCUACGAUAAAGACAUGACAGGGAAAAUCUCGUACAACGAAUUCCUUCGUGCACACUUGGAGUGAAUGACUCCCAGAAUGUAUGCAAGAAAAACAAUGCCCAUGCUAUAAUCCCAUAAUGCGCUGGGAAAUACUCUCGGCCAAGCAUUUGUAACGGGAUGCCUGAUAACUUGACACAGGAAUCGAUUCGUGCUCGGCCAGUCUGCAAAUACUGUAUUAUAGAAUAAGAUCAGCUAUAUGUGUACUUGUACAAGAUCGUUUGGUGAUAGAAGAGGAGAAAUGGAAAAUAUAAUUAUAUUGUAUCUAUGA